UUGUAUACCCAGCACCAGCGUGAGGAGCCAUGGCCCAAAACAUCCUGUGGAACAAGAGGAAUUUGUUUAUCCAUUCAGUGGGCGAGGGUACAAUAAAUGCCUUGCGGGACGAUCUGUUACAGAAUAGAGUAAUUAGCCAGGAGGUGAUGCACAAAGUGAGAUAUGAAAAUUCCACAGUCAUGGAUAAGGCUCGAGUCUUGAUUGACUUUGUUAUUGGGAAAGGAUGCGGAGCUUCCCAAAAAUUUAUCAAGCAUCUCUGUGAAGAAGACCCUGAACUUGCAUGCAAGUUGCCUUUGCACUUAGUGUGUACAUGAGCUCUUCCGUGGACUACGGACACAUCCCAACAGUGCUUCAGAAAGAGAGAGAAAGAAAAAAGAAC